AAAAAAACAAACAAAAUCAAAACAAAAAUGGGUGGAAAACAGGGAAAUUAGAAAAGAAACAUUUUUAGACAAAAAACAUACCCUCCAAAACUUACGAAAGGAUUAAUCAAAUUGAAAUCGACAAUAAGUUUGCAUUUCUGUUCGCAAUUUUGCCCAGGGUUUCUUCCACAAAUCCACCAUUCAAGCAAAGGAAGCUACAGUAUCAUCCAAUUUCGCUAUUACAUUUUAAUUUUAAUCAGGUAUCUAUUUAAAGUGAGGAUAUUGAGUUCUGUAUUAGUAUUUUCUCCAAUGGCCACUUCGGAGGGUCUUUUGCAAAUUUUCUGUGGAACUUUACCUUAUCGUCCUGGAACUAGAACUCACGUAAGCAAUUACAACUCAUCAGUCUUUUCGACGUCUCGCAGAAAAUGUGUUCUGAAACGGGGUUUAAGAUGUAUUCAAGCUUUGCAAUGCUCCAGUAUGCAAAAGGUUAAAUUUCGGUUUGGAGUUCUGAAUGGUGGCUUGUAUGAAGCUGCAACAUGUCGCCGAUGUAGGUCCUCGAUCUUCUGCUGUGAAUCUGCUGAAAGAGUGAAAGGCUCAGCUCCAGUUGAUGGUAAUAGAACCUGGUAUGUUGAUAAAGCACACAAACAUCAUACAAUUAGUAGUUUGGUGAAUGGGUCAAAUACUCUGGAAGAUGUUCAGCAGUUGCAAGGUAAAAGAGAAGUUACUGUAAAGGACGAUACCACUGACCCUAUUGAGGAGGAAGCAUGGGCCCUCUUGCGAGAAUCUGUUGUCAAUUACUGUGGCAGCCCUGUAGGAACAAUUGCUGCUAAUGACCCUACAAGUUCUGAUGCCUUGAAUUAUGAUCAGGUUUUCAUAAGAGAUUUUAUACCUUCUGGAACAGCUUUUCUUCUGAAAGGGGAGUAUGAUAUUGUGCGCAACUUCCUCCUUCACACACUUCAGUUGCAGAGCUGGGAGAAAACAAUAGAUUGUCAUAGUCCUGGUCAAGGAUUGAUGCCUGCUAGUUUCAAGGUUCGUACUGUUCCUCUGGAUGGUGAUGAUUCUGCGACGGAAGAGAUUUUGGAUCCUGACUUUGGAGAGGCAGCUAUUGGGCGUGUGGCACCUGUUGAUUCUGGGCUUUGGUGGAUUAUACUGUUACGUGCCUAUGGAAAAUGCUCUGGAGAUCUGUCUCUUCAGGAGAGAGUUGAUGUGCAGACUGGAAUUAAGAUGAUCUUGAGAUUAUGUCUUGCAGAUGGCUUUGAUAUGUUCCCAACCUUGUUGGUUACUGAUGGUUCGUGCAUGAUAGACCGUCGUAUGGGAAUUCAUGGGCAUCCUUUAGAAAUACAGGCACUUUUUUAUUCUGCAUUGCGUUGUGCUCGUGAAAUGCUUGCUCCAGAAGAUGGAUCAGCAGAUCUUAUACGUGCAUUGAAUAAUCGUUUGGUUGCAUUGGCAUUUCAUAUCAGAGAAUAUUAUUGGAUUGAUAUGAAGAAACUCAAUGAGAUAUAUCGUUAUAAGACUGAAGAAUACUCAUAUGAUGCUGUCAACAAAUUUAAUAUCUACCCUGAUCAGAUCUCUCCUUGGCUAGUAGAAUGGAUGCCAGGGAAAGGAGGUUAUCUAAUUGGUAACUUGCAACCAGCACACAUGGAUUUUCGAUUUUUCUCUCUGGGUAAUAUUUGGUCUGUGGUAAGUGGCCUGGCAACGAAGGAUCAGUCCCAUGCCAUAUUGGACCUCAUUGAAACCAAAUGGACAGACCUUGUGGCUGAUAUGCCUUUAAAGAUAUGCUAUCCUGCUCUUGAAGGUCAGGAAUGGCAAAUUAUCACUGGCUCUGAUCCCAAGAAUACACCCUGGUCCUAUCACAAUGCUGGCUCCUGGCCGACAUUGCUUUGGCAGCUCACUGUUGCAUGUAUCAAGAUGAAUAGACCUGAAAUAGCUGCUAGGGCUGUUCGUAUUGCUGAGAAACGCUUAUCACAGGAUAAGUGGCCUGAAUAUUAUGACACUAAAAGAGCAAGGUUUAUUGGUAAGCAAGCCCGGUUAUUCCAGACUUGGUCAAUCGCAGGAUAUCUUGUUGCAAAGCUGCUCCUUGACAACCCCAAUGCCGCCCAGAUGCUAAUAAGUGAUGAGGAUUCUGAACUUGUCAAUGCUUUUUCUUGCAUAAUUGCUGCUAAUCCUAGAAGAAAACGUGGUCAAAAAAGUUCGAAGAAGACGUUCAUAGUAUGAACUAUGAAAUAAGAGUAGCUUUCAUCUGGUGUUAUUACUUGGGAGAGUACAACAAUUUAACAAAUAUUGUUCUAGCUGUGCCCGGUCAUCAAUUAAUUUGUUGAACUGCCCAUUACUCUCAUUGAAUUCAUUUGGUUUCCAAGUUCUAUUCACUAAUCCUUGGCCGUGUGGCGUCUGGAUGCACGAGUCGUAUUGGAUAUGUAGACAAGCUUAUUCACCUAUUACAUGUAUAUUAUUGUGUGUAGUUUUGGAUAUGUAAAUCAUGGAGAAGUACCUGAUUACUAUGUAAAUAUGGCAUAUGCUCUGAAUAUCAUGUGGAUUUCUUCAAUUCCAACACUUUGAAGGUUGUCUAUGAAUUCUCCUUAAUGGUGUGUUUGGA